AUGGCGGCGGUGGCGAUUGCGGCGACGGUCGUUCAGUCGCCACACCUGGGCCUUACCUGGGGUUCUAGGGGCCGGCCAGGCCUCGGCGGCCUCGACGCCCAGAACUGCCGCGCGCGGCGCGCGGACGCGGGCCUCCUCCUGCGCCGGUCGAAGCGCGAGCUCGACCUGCGGCGGAGGCGCAGUGGCAGCGGCGGGCCGUCCUCGCUGCUCGAGGACCCGCGCGCUUUGGAGGGCGAGGAGGCGUCGCCACGAUGGGACGAGAUGGGGGUGGCGGAGCAGGUUGCGCAGUGCGCGAUCCGCACCAUCGACUACGUGCGCCACGGCCGGCACGAGGAGCGCGUCAGCGGCGGCGUAGCGGCGACCGAGAGGUGCGUCGGCGGGUCUGGUCCCGGCGCUGGUUGA